UCUUGUUUCUGAUAAAACCCUAAUUAUCUAUCUAUCUAUCUCCGGAGAAGAAAUCAAGCCGCCGCCGCGAAAAUGGUGUCCGGAUCGGGAGUGUGCGCAAAGAGAGUGGUGGUGGACGCUCGUCACCACAUGCUCGGUCGUCUUGCCUCGAUUGUAGCAAAGGAGCUUCUGAAUGGUCAAAAGGUUGUUCUUGUUAGAUGUGAAGAAAUUGCAGUCUCCGGUGGACUCGUUAGACAGAAGAUGAAGUAUAUGCGUUUCCGUCGUAAGCGUAUGAACACUCAACCUUCUCAUGGUCCUAUUCAUUUCCGUGCUCCUUCCAAGAUCUUUUGGCGCACUGUUCGUGGAAUGAUUCCACACAAGACAAAGCGUGGAGAAGCUGCACUUGCCAGAUUGAAGGUUUACGAGGGAAUUCCUCCUCCAUAUGAUAAGAUCAAGAGGAUGGUUGUUCCUGAUGCUCUUAAGGUGUUGAGGCUUCAAAAGGGACACAAAUACUGCUUGCUUGGUCAAUUGUCAUCAGAGGUUGGAUGGAACUACUAUGACACCAUCAAGGAGCUGGAGAAGAAGAGGAAGGAACGUGCACAUUUGGCUUAUGAGAAGAAGAAGCUGCUCAAUAAGUUGAGGGCUAAAGCCGAGAAGAAUGUAGACGAGAGGCUUGCUCCACAACUCGAAAUCCUUGCUCCCGUUAAAUACUAAGUCGUUGUCACCAGUUUAAAUUUUGAUUUUGUAGUGUAUCAAAUUGAACUCCAUUUCAGUUUUGGUUGUUAUUCUAUGUUUAUCGGAGCUUAGAAAUGACAAAUCUUGGACGAUGUUAUUUUCUUAUUAUAAUUUUUGUCAUUCCACCUACUUUCUAAAACUGUUCCCCUUUGGUGUAACAUCAAAUAUUGUUGGUGUGUGGUAAGAACAUAUACUAUGAAUCUGUGUUUUAUUUAUUUGAUUGAUGCUUCCAUUAGGUGACUGAA